GCUCGCUCCGCCCCGCGUUUCCCCGAUCAGCCUCCAGCAGUUCCACGAUCCGUCCGGUCGCUGAAAGUCUCCGCGUUUCAUCCGUUUCCCGUCGUGUAAACCCGGCCAGACCGCGAGCAAACUAGCGGAACCCGAUGGCUUCGACGACUCUUGACGGUUUCGAGCAAGAGUCGCCGAAACCGAGCGAGCAAAACGGCGACGAGAGCGAGUCGGGCCUGUGCGCUGCUGAUCCGGAACCGGCCGUUAAGAUGGACGGAGCGGAGACGGACGAGAAGCCCAACGGACACGAGUCCACAGAACAAAGCCCGGAGGAAGCCACGCGGGGAGACGGCGGCAACGACGAGGAUGGCGAGACCGAAGCGGAGCCCGAGAAAGAGCAGCAGAAGAGCCCCGGCAGCGCGGACGGGACGGCGGAGCGGAUGAAGAGAGAACAAAGGGAGGAGGAGAGCGCGUCCUCACCGGCGGAGAAAAACAGCAGCGGCGGCGGAGGAGGAGGAAUGAAGAGGCGCGCUAGUCUGGAGAUGAUGAGCUCAUCGUCCGACGGAGAGCCGCUCAGCCGCAUGGACUCGGAGGACAGUAUCAGCAGUACUCUUAUGGACAUGGAGAGCAUCGCAUCCAGCGGUCGUUCUACCCCAGCUAUGAUGAACGGUCAUGGCGGGGCGUCUUCCACCUCCACUAAGGGCCCAUCUUACCCCUGCUGCUGGGAUCAGUGCCACAUGCUGUUCAGCACCAGCCCGGACCUGGCCGAACACAUCCGCGGAGUGCACGUGGACGGACAGCGUGGUGGGGUUUUCGUGUGUCUUUGGAAAGGCUGUAAGGUGUAUAACACACCGUCCACCAGUCAGAGCUGGCUGCAGAGACACAUGCUGUCACACAGUGGAGACAAACCAUUCAAGUGUGUGGUAGGCGGUUGCAAUGCCACCUUCGCCUCCCAGGGGGGGCUAGCGCGCCACGUGCCGACCCACUUCAGCACCCAGAAUUCCUCCAAACUCUCAAGCCAAACCAAGGUGAAGGAAGAGUCUCCUUCCAAAGCGGGCAUCAACAAACGGAGGAAACUCAAGUACAAACGGCGGCGGUCAUUGCCACGACCUCACGACUUUUUUGAUGCUCAGACCAUGGAUGCAAUCCGUCAUCGCGCCAUCUGCCUCAAUCUAGCCACUCAUAUUGAGAGCCAAGGCAAAGGGCACAGCGUCGUGUUUCACAGUACGGUGAUCGCCAGGCGGAAGGAGGAUUCUGGGAAAGUCAAGGUGCUGCUUCAUUGGACGCCGGAGGACAUACUUCCAGACGCGUGGGUCAGCGAGAGCGACCGUCCCCAGCUGAAGACCAAAGUGGUCCACCUCUCCCAGCUUCCUCAGGACACGGCGGUUCUGUUGGACCCCAACAUCUACAGGAUGUUUUUCUAGAAGACUGGGUGGGGAGGGCGGCUUCUGUCAGCGCCUGCUGACGUACCCAAACCGAAGUGGACGCGCGGAUCUUUUGAGACAGGACUUCUUUUCCCCUUGCUUUCUUUCUUUUUUUUUUUUCCCCCUCCACUUUCUCUUUUUUUCUUUUUAAUGCUUCAAGUCUGCCAAAGCAUGCAGUGAAUUUUUAAUGUGUGUUUUUAUCCCUUGAAGAGGAAAAAAAAGGCACAAAAUUGUGAACUCUUGUCGGUGCUUGGACUUUUAACUGUGUAGGAGGAUGUGUUGUACACCACGCUUUUUGAUUUUCCUUCCCUGCGUCCUCGACUCUGCUGAUUAUCUUUGCGAGAAAGUGCCCAUGUAAAUAUUCCAGGAGAUUUGUAAUAUAUUUUUGUACUGCGGAAAUUUUACUGUACUGUAGAUAGAUGUAAUAAGCCACAAGCUGACAGAAAACAUAAUUGUACAGAAUGUGAUAGCUAAUAGUUUUGGAUGAUGUGAAUGCUUCCAUAGACAUUUUGGCGUGUUUUUCCUUUCUUUUUUUUUAGUUUGAGACUUUUUUUUUUUUUUUUUUUUUCUGGAACAUGUGCACAGACUCUUAUAACUGCUGCUCCACCUACUGAUGAUGAUGAUGAUGAUGAUGAUGGGAUGUUAUCGUCCUGCCGCGUGCGCCGUUUGCACGCCGUUUGCGCGUUCUGCUCAAGCCAAGGAGUGUAUAGACAUCUCAACGUAAUGGUGCUAAAGCUAACACUAGCGUUUAGGCUAAUGCACAUAGGAUCAAUACUGAUGGUGCUUCUUAGAUCAUGUACUUAAUAAUAACCCCCUUAUAGAUCAUACUUCUGUCUUUGUAGUAAAGUCGAAAAUUAUACAAAAGUGAUUAUUCUUGUUUGCUUGUUUACUGAAAUCAUCAGGUUUGCAGCUAACGCUGACUCCAGCCCAUAUAAACCUUGUGUUUCUCACACAGGACUGUUGUUUAUUAGCAGUGAGGAGGCCAGGGGCAGCUGGGAGUCGUUUUAUUGGGGCAGAUUUGCAAGCGUUGACGCGGAGGCCGUCUGCCAGGACCUUUAGCUCAGCGUCAGAGCCGCACACAUGCCCUCCCAAUAUGACUUGCUGGUUUAGUCGACACCUGACCGUGUGUUUUUGGAGUCGAUUCUCUCAUUCUCACCUAUUGACGCACUCGGUUUGGGUUUUCAAUCAUGCUGGAUUAGCUCACAUCUUUUUUCAGGGUUUCUGCAGGUCUUAAAGUUGUCAUUUCACAAAUUUAAGCCUUAAAUGUGGUUUAUUUAAGGCUUUAGAUUUUUUUUGUUCUCCAGUAUGAUUGUCCAAACAUCACCAUACAUUUACUUGAAAUGCAAAAUGAUAUUAGAAUCCUUGUUUUCAGUCUUGUUUUGAUUAAAACAAGAACAAAUGUUACCCUGGACCACAAAACCAGUCAAUGUACACUGUAAAAAAAAAAAAAAAAACACAAUUUGUUGAGUCAGCUUAAAAUAAUGUGUUACCCUGCUGCCUUAAAAUUUUAAGUUCAGUCAACUUGAAAUGUUGCAUUGUACUACGUAACAACUUAGAUAUUUGUGUUUGCUAAACUUAACAGAUGGGUAACCCAGCUGCCUUAAAAUUUUAAGUUGAUUCAACUCAAAUAUCUAAGUUGUCACUUAGUAUAAUGUAACAUUUCAAGUUGAAUAAACUUUUUGAGUUGACUGAACUUAAAAUUUUAAGGCAGCCAGGUUACAAAUUAUUUUAAGUUGACUCAACAAAUAGUUUUUUACAGUGUAUGCAUUAUCUGAAAGCUGAAUAAAUGACUUUCCAUUGAUGUAUGGUUUGUUAUGAUAGGACAAUAUUUGGCUGAGAUACAACUAUUUGAAAAUCUGGAAUCUGUGGGUGCAGAAAAAAAAAAAAGUUGUCCAAA